AUGUGGGACUUGGUGUUGGGCGUGCGCCUGGAGAUGGACUUCGACCAGUUCUUCCAGCGAGAAGAUGCCGGCCAGCAGCUGGGCCGCUGGCGGGAGGCCAUCGCGACGAAGGUGCUUGGAGUCUCCCCGUGGCAGCUCCAACUGCAGCGGGUGAGGAGGGGCUCUUUGGAUCUCGAGUUUGUGGUGGAGGGCAGCGGCAUCAGCGACGAAGAGCUGCGGCGCCGUCUCAGCCGCGAGGCGGAUCGCCUCCGCGCCCUCUUCCAAGAGCCCGUGAUGGAGGUGCGCGUGGGAGCAGAUCAGCGACCAGCCCGGGCUGCGACAAUGCUGGAGCAGGAUUAUCUUAUCCUACCGGUCGUUGGGCUGCAUAUGCAGUGCAACAUGAACUACAACGUCAACAUGCACGAGGUUCAGAGAUGGGCUUGGCGUCGGCCAAGACUGUGGAGGGGGCUAGCGGGGCGUCUGAUCAUCUCCAACGCGGACCACUUGGGCAAAACUGAGCUGCGACCGCAUCGACAACGCGCUCUGCGAUUGCGUGCGGAGCUCGGAGGGCGGCGAGCAGUGCACUCGACCGGCGGCAUGGCACCGCCAUGGCCGGCGCCGGAAAUUUCAAGUGGCGAAAGCAUUGUUGGCCCUUCACCCGCUGCCUGUGGCUCGGUGACCCCAAGCCUGGCCCAGCGCCUGCUGGGUCCGGAGGCAGAGACGUCAUCGACAACUGCCUGGAAAAGCCAAACAGCAGAUAGUUUGGGCUGCGAGCUUCUGCCGGCAGUCUUGCACUGCUACCUGCGUGGCGCCACUGGAGGCUGCGUCAAUCUUGCCCGCAUCGGGCGCUCAGAGUUCCUGGCCACGCUUGAGCGCCUUGGCGAUGGUGAUGCUGUCUCUUUUGCGUUGGCAGCCCUGAUGAAAGUGCCUAAAGCGGUUCUGAGCGAGUACGAAAAGGAGCUGGUGCAGCUCAUCUCGCGUGGAUACGAAGGGCUGCGUGAGCACGGAGCCAGGCAGAGGCUGGAGGACGCGGGAGAAGACGUCGAGGCACAGAUGGCGUCGUUGGAAGAUACCCUGGUCAAGUUCACGCAAAAGAUGUGCGGCGCCGCGGACAGCGCCGUUGCCAAGCCCAGCGAAUCGGCAGCUGACGACGACACUCUGAGGCAGUACUUUCAAGACUGCCAGCUGGGCUCCACAACGCCGCGUUGGCUGAAGUUGGCGCUGGAUUGCCAACCGUCCUAG